GUGGGCGUGGUAUCUGACGUCACUCUUGGAUGUAGGCUGGGUUGAAUGUCCACGGCAGGCUGCAGCGAGAGAGACCCUACUCUCAUUAUGCAGUACGUACACUGUCAUUUCACCAAUGAGAGGCAGUGCGGAAGCAAACGUGUAUGUUGAAGGUGAAUGUUAAAUGGUUAUUUGUUCAGCUCUGAGUCUUGCCUGGACCAACCGGGAGAUCAAAGUGUUCACGAGGUGAUAAGUUAUGAACCAUCCAAAUUGCCAGCAAAACAUUAUGAUCCUGAUACAACUGAGCCCAUCAGCUGCAGUCUGCAGUCCCUCUCAGAGCUGUUGUCAUGGAAACGACAUGAGUCGAGCCCAUUCAAUGUGGCCACAGUGCCAUUGGCUAGCAGGUAUCCCCCCCUAGCUAGAUCCCCCAGAAAGACAUUGGUGUCCCAUGAUAUGAUGGGUGGCUACCUGGAAGACAGGUUCAUUCAAGGUGCAGAGGUCGAGAUGCCGUAUGCCUUCUAUCACUGGGAUUAUAUUGACAUCUUUAACUACUUCAGUCAUCAAAUGGUUACCAUUCCUCCUGCAGUCUGGACUAAUGCGGCACACAAGCAUGGAGUGCUGUCUAUUGGCACAUUCAUCACCGAGUGGACGGAUGGAGCAAAGACCUGUGAGGAGUUUCUAGCGAAUGAGGAAUCUUACCGUGGAACUGCUGACAAGCUGGUGCAGAUCUCCCACUGCUAUGGCUUUGACGGAUGGCUUAUUAACAUUGAAAAUGUCCUGAGUGAAAAUGCUGUGAAGAACGCUGGUCUCUUUCUUCGCUACCUCACAGAUCAAAUGCAUGAGCGUGUACCCGGCAGUGUGGUCAUCUGGUAUGAUAGUGUGCUGAAAAAUGGCUCACUCAAUUGGCAGAAUGAACUCAACGAUAAUAACAGGAUGUUUUUUGAUGCAUGUGAUGGAAUAUUCACUAACUACAAUUGGACAGAGCAGAGCCUUGAGUGGAUGAAUUCAUACUCUGGUGCUCAGGACCGCUUGGCUGAUAUUUAUGUUGGUGUUGAUGUGUUUGCGAGAGGAAAGGUGAUUGGAGGAAAGUUUGAGACCAAUAAUGCUCUGAAACUGAUUCGCAAGCAUGGAUUUUCAACAGCCAUCUUUGCUCCCGGUUGGGUGUAUGAAUGUAACGAUAAGACGGAUUUCCGCCAAAACCAGGACAAAUUUUGGUCCUUGGUCUCUGAUUACCUUUAUAUCCACCGUCCAUCAUCCAGUCUUCCUUUCAUUUCCUCAUUCUGUCAGGGGUUUGGAAAGAAUCUUUACUGGAAGGGACAGGUGGAGAACGAGAGAAGCUGGUUCAACCUGAAUGCCCAGGAGAUUCAGCCUUUGUACUUGUCUGAGACCAUUGGGGAAAGCGGUUGGCUGAAAACCCGUGGCUGCUCAGAAGAUGCUUGGAUAGGAGGCAGCUCUCUGAUGGUGGAAGGCAUGAUUCCACCUGGACUUACUGAAGUCUGUGCAAGGAUAUUUUCUCUUCACAUUCCUUUGGCAGCUAGGACGUUUGUCUCUUUUGUCUACAAGCCACCCGUGGGUGUGAAAGUGUCACUAGAGCUUAAAACUAUAGAUGUUCCUCUGUGCACAUUUGAUGGGACUGAUGAAAUACCAUCUAGCAGUGUUUUUCCAGAAGCAUUAGAAGAAGACAACCAGCUAGUUGAGCAGUUUACACAGAAUUGUGGCCAGUGGGCUUUAGACGGCUGGACAACACGAUGCUUCUUGUUAAAAAUGACGGGCUGCUCGAUACGAGAAGUGUGUAUGCGUGUAUCCCGAGACGAAGGAGAGGAAGACGUUUCCUUCAGUUGCAGGAUUGGAGAGAUAAUGCUCAUGGAUGCAGAGAGUCUUCAGGCACCACUAGGGUCUGUCCAGGGCGUAUGCGUGAAUGAUGUGGUGUGGCAGACGGGUGACGGAGAUACGAUCAAGCUCCUCCUGAACGCCACCUUACGCUGGCAGUAUCCUGCACAGUCAGUUCGCCAUUUCCGGAUACACUGGAGGCGCCUCCGUGGUCCCGACCCUCGCGUUCCUGCAGGACCACUGAUUCUGAUAGGCAGGUGUUACUCAACCCUGUACCGUGUGGUGGAGCUUGAGGUGCCUGCUGAUCCAGGUCUCAUUGAGCUGGUGGUGGAACCUGUGACCAAAGAGGGUUUCAUAGUACCCGAGUCCCACUGGGGCCGACGCACGCUCAGCUAUAGUAAGAGUGCUGCAGGGAAGCCGUGAGUGUGGAACACUACUGCUUACGUCUUAACGGAUUUCUUUUCUAUAUGCCAAAGAUUGAGGCGAGUUGAUGCUUAGUACAAGAUUUUAUAAUUCACUGCAGUCAUGUUACAUGUAGUGUUUUGCAACUGCAUUUAUUCAAAAUACCUAAAACAUUAUCUGCACAUAUAUAUGUGAAAUGUGUAUGCUUAGCUGCUUGAAAUCUUAUUUACUUGAUCAGAAAUUCGGAUGUUUGACAUUUUAAUAUGUCAUUAUAUUUAUGCUUUCGGCAGUGACUUACAGUUCAUUAAGACUUUAUUUACAGCUUCAAUGCAUAAUUUGCAUUUGGCAGACACUUUUAUACAAAGUGACUUGCAGUGCAUUCAGACUAUACAUUUUUAUCAGUUUGUUUGUUUCUGGGUAUCAAACCCACAACCUUUGCAAUGCUAAAGCAAUGAUCUAUCUAAUGUGAGAAAUUAACAUUAACAAUCAUGAAUAUCGCACAUAUGCAAGAAAGAUGACUGAAUAUUUAAGUAUGUUGUUAGCUUUUUCAAAUUUUUUAUAUAAGAAAUUACAGUACUCUAAAAUGUGA